GUUCAUGUGUGACAUCGGCACCUCUACUUUCGCCCGGAAUACAAGAAGCACAAAAAUGUCAUCAAGAAAACGAAAGUGCUUAGAUGUCGAAGAAGUUGAGAUAAAAAUUAAAACUCAAAAAUAUUCAGAAAAAGUGAACCUGUCGAGCACCGUCACCAAUGAAUGCAUGGAAUCAAAUUAUGAGACAGUAAAAUUAGACGACAUAAAAGAAAACAAUGGUUACACUUCACAUAAUCAUCAGUCAAUGUCUUAUCGGAGCACGGUCAAACUGAUGCAGUCAGCGUUAACUAAAAAUCUGGUGGUUGAUGCCCUGGAACCGAUUCCGGUUUUGAAGGAAAAAUGUGUCCGUCUUGGCAUCAAUGGAAACUUCGAUUUUCCGCAGUGUGCCGAUCAAACAGUGAACCCAAAAUGCCAUGGGGAGUACGAGGUGGAACAGAUUCUCGAUCAUGAUACAGAGAAACAUUUAUAUUUCGUAAAGUGGAAAGGAUACGGCACUGAAUCUAACACAUGGGAGCCGUCUGACCAUCUGACCAACGUUUCGCAUUUAACAUAUAAUUUCCGAUUGAUGGAAAGAAGCUUAUCAAGAGUCGAGCAAAUUGCUUAUAAGAAAUUGGUUUGGUUAAGCUGCUUGCUGGAUGAGUUAAUUUCGUCGUCCAAUGAGGAUCCGUAUGUUCUAUUGAAACUAAGUGGUAAAAAAGUUACCACGGUAUGUAAACAGAACUACUUUCACACUCUAAAAAGUCAAUUGAAAGUCAAAAGAGCCUUGGUCCAAAGGAUUCUCAUAGAAGAUGAGACAUUCCAAGUAAACUAUUGCAAUCUUCUUAAAGUAGCAAUGACAGAUAUUGGUAUCACCAAAGCUUUUCAAUCCGUUGAAAACUUCAACAACGCUAUCAUCGAACGGAAAAAAUUUGUCAAGUGUCUCAAAACUUGGGAGUCAAACAUAAAUCGCUUGAUAUUAGAAGAAGAAGGAAGGGAAAGUGCAACCAUCGUAAUAGAGAACAUCGUCGAUUUGGACUCACCGUUUGAAGACUUCACUUACAUCACAAAGAGCAUCCUAGAAGCAGAUGUUUCCAUUAGUGAAGAACCGCUACUGUACUGUGAUUGUAACGAUUGUGGAUCGAACCCGAAAAAAUGCUGUUCAGGACUUAACGAGUCUAGUUUUGCCUACAACGAUCGAGGUAGUUUAAAGAGCAAGAAAUCGACAACAAUAUUCGAAUGUAACUCAAAAUGUAAGUGUGCAUCGACCUGUCCCAAUCGUGUUAUUCAAAAUGGUCGAAAGUUCCAGCUGGUAAUUUUCAAAACGGCAGACGAUCGUGGAUGGGGAGUCAAAGCACUGGAACCAAUACCGCAAGGAAAAUUCAUUGUCGAAUAUGUUGGCGAGAUAAUUACCGACCGGGAAGCACAGAGAAGAGCAGCAUCCGGGCAAAAUCCAUUUCACAAAUCGUAUUUAUUUGAUAUGGACUGCGAAAUCGCAACGAGUUGUGAUUACGUUAUAGAUGGAGCAAAAUUUGGCAAUGUAUCACGUUUCAUUAACCAUUCCUGUUCGCCGAACAUGGAAGUGUACCCGUUUUGGAUCGGUAAUCCGGACAAAAAAAUGCCAAGACUUGCUUUCUUCUCAGACAAAUGUAUUGGCGCUGGUGAAGAACUAACGUUCGAUUAUCGGAUGAGUGCUCCGGAACCGCAGCAUAAGCCCAAAACUCAUACACCACCGAUUAGAGUACCAUGUAAGUGCGGAUCGAAGAAGUGUCGAAAAUUCUUAUUUUGAUACCUGGUAAUCAUGUAUAAGUUGAGUUAUAUUUACAGUAACUCAUUCAAAAAUUGUAUUUUCUAAAUUUUGUAAUUUUUUUUAUAUUAAAAUUCAGUUGCUUGCUGUUUUUGUAUUAUUCCUACGAGUUGUUUAAAA